CCUAAAUUGGGUCCCCAGCACACACAGCGCGUCAAGGCCCAAUCCGGGCUGGAGGUCAGGGGAGCCGCACCCGCCACGUCCGCUCGCUCGCUUUCGGUUUCCGUGUGUCUCCAUCUUGUCUGCGCAGAUCCGCAGAUCCGACGUCCGCAGAGUGAAGUCCCUGCGACCUGAGCCGCCCCAGCCGCCACUUAAGGCAGACGGGGGUGAACCGGAUUCCCUUGCUUACAGAGACCCAGUAAGGAAGGGAGAGCCUGAACUUCAGCUCUUAGGCGAAGGGAUCCGGCAGGAUUAAAAGUGUUCUCUCACAGCAGCGUGCCUCUCCUGCAAGAGCCGGGGAAGAAAUGAAGAAAGGCCUCCAAAAUGAAGUUGUCGACUCGUGGUGCGCGGAGCCCUGCUAAGUGGAUAGACGCUGGAUGAGACCCUGGCUGCUGAUUUUCUGGAACAUGGCCCUGUGCCCGGUGUCUGCUGAGGUCAUCCACCAGGUGGAGGAGUCCCUGGACGAGGAGGAGAAGGAAACGAUGCUUUUCUUGUGUAGGGAUGUGGCCGAGAACCUGGCUUCACCUAACGUCAGGGAGCUCCUGGGCAGUUUAAGUGAGAGAGGCCAGCUCUCCUUGGCUGCCUUGGCUGAACUGCUCUACAGAGUGAGGCGCUUCGACCUGCUUAAGAAGAUAUUGAAGACGGACAAAGCGGCGGUGGAGGCCCACCUCCGCAGAAACCCCCACCUUGUUUCUGAUUAUAGGGUGCUGAUGAUGGAGAUUGGCGAGAAUUUGGAUAAAUCCGAUGUGUCCUCGUUAAUUUUCCUUAUGAGAGAUUACACAGGCCGAGGCAAGGGAGCCAAGGACAAGAGUUUCUUGGAUCUGGUGAUUGAACUGGAGAAACUGAAUCUUGUUGCUGAAGAUCAAUUGAACUUACUAGAAAAAUGCCUGAAGAGUAUCCACAGGAUAGAUCUGAAGACCAAAAUCCAGAAGUACGCACAGUCAGGCCAAGGAGCAGGGUCAAAUUAUAUAAAUUCUCUCCAGGCUUCUCUUCCAAACUUGAGCAUUCAAGAGCCUUCCUAUAAUUCAAGGCUCCAGAAUGGGAGAAGUAAGGAACAAAGAUUCGUGGAACACCUUCACAUUCAAAGAAAACCAGUGAAGACAUCCAUUCAGGAAUCGGGAGCUUUUUUGCCUCCGCAUAUACAUGAAGAGAGUUACAGGAUGCAGAGCAAGCCCCUGGGUAUCUGCUUGAUCAUCGAUUGCAUCGGCAACGACACAGAAUAUCUUUGCAGGACCUUCACAUCCCUGGGCUAUCACGCAUUCUUUCUGUUUCCCAGCGCGGAUGAGAUAAUUAAGAUUCUUCACCAGUUUGCCGAUCUGCCCCAGCACAGAGACAUGACAGCUUCGUGCGUUGUUCUAGUGAGCCGGGGGAAGCCCCAAAGGAUGAUGGGCGUGGAUCAGGCUCCUUCAGGGUUCUCCUUGGAUUGCAAGAGCAUAUUCAUGGGGGACACGUGCUCUCCUCUCAGAGGGAAGCCAAAGCUCUUUAUUCAGAGCUAUGAGGUGUUCAGUAGCCAGCUGGAGACAGCAGCCUGGAGGUUAGAUGGGCCAGCAAUAAGAAGCUUGGACGCUAAGACCCGCAUCCUGGCCCUGUAUGGUUCACCGCGAAGCUGACAUCUUUGGAGCCUGUGCACGGCAGAUGUGUCCCAGCUAGAGCAGCCUUCCAGCUCAUCCUCCGUGUACCUGCGGAACCUCUCCCGGCAGCUGUGGAACAAGAAAGGAAAGCGCCCACUCGUGGAUCUCCACGUCGAGCUCAUGGACAAAGUGUAUGCCUGGAACAGCAGAGUUUCUUCUAAGGAGAAAUACUAUCUGAGCCUGCAGCACACCCUGCGGAGAAGCUCAUCUUAUCUACGUGAAAACCGGAGCCCUCUAGGUUCUUGGAGCGUAGGUCUGGGUGGCUUGGAGCUGGCAAACCUCCUGAUUGCUUGGGUGCAGGCUCUGAAGGUCAUACCUGCUAUGGUUCUGGAGCAAGCCCUGCUUCCUGAUUCUCUUGUGAACAGGCCUCAUCUGUUAGCCCCGGCUAUACCACACCACUCCAACCCGCCAUGCGUCCCCACUGGGAUGGCAAAGUGAGCCUCCUCCUCCUUAAGUUCCUGUGUCAGAGGUUUGGGUACAGUGUGGAGAAUGGUAAGAUAUAAUCCAUUGCUUCUUGGGUUUAUCUACCAAGAUGUACUACGUUAUUCUAAGAGUAUAGUCUGUGGUUCAAGAUUUGAACUAUGACACCUGAAUGUACCUUAAGGAGGAGACUUGCCUGGGUUCAUCACCUGUUAUUUGGGAAAUUGGUUCUGUGUCAGGGUUAUUAAAUGACUAGCUUAUUAAGCUAUUAGAAGU